AUGAAGUUCAAUCUCGUAUCUCUCUGCAUCCUGGCAUGUUCUUUGCCUGCCACCAUUGCUCAGCGGACAGAAGAGAACGCCGUUACAAUCAAAACUUUCCCUAACCAGAUUGGUUGUGGAUGGGGAGUCAGUGGGCACACAGAUUCCUUUCCAGAUGGAGAAUGCUUUCAUCUGCCGAGAGACUACAUGGACGUCAAGAAAAUCACGGAGACCUGCCGCGUCUUCAUUUACACGCGCAAUGACUGCACAAAAUAUGAGCAACAAGUCCACCAAGGCGAAGACUGUAUCGACAUUCGCGACUACAAAUCCAUCAAGGCAUUCUGUCACUGA